AUGGACUAUAGAGUGGGAUACCCAUUAGACAGAAUUGGCAUAGAUAUCAUUGGUCCACUGACAUUAACUAAGAAGAAGAAUAAAUGUAUACUGGUUAUAGGCGAUUAUUUUACCAGAUGGAUGGAAGCCUACCCUAUACCACAUCAGCAUGCUGACCUGGUAGCACAGAAACUAGUGAUGGAAUUUAUUGCUAGGUUUGGCAUACCACUUGAAUUACAUACAGACCAAGGAAAGAACUUUGAAAGUGACCUUUUCAAAUCUGGUUGUAAUCUAUUCCAAAUUAACAAAACCAGAACAACUGCUUAUCAUCCGUCAUCAAAUGGUUUAAAAGAGAGAUUUAACAAGACUCUUGGUGGUAUGAUCAAGACCUUUGUCAACAAGAACGUAACAAAUUGGGAUGAAUACAUUAAUCUCCUGCUGGCUGCUCUCAGCAGUACCCCUCAUCCGGCUACAGGAUUUUUACCAAAUUACAUGAUGUUAGGUAGAGAGGUCAAUAUCCCUCUGAACUUAAUGUUCAGAAGUCAUGAAAACAGAACUGAGAACAAUGAAGAUUACAUUUCAACCAUAAAGUCUCAUUUUCAAAACGUCUAUGAUAUUGCGAGGGAAAAUCUAAAGAGAUAUGCAGAAAGACAAAAACGUGACCAUGACACACGAUUGACUGACAAUAGAUAUGAGUUAGGGGCCUUGAUAUAUAAAUUUGACCAAACCGUAAAUAAAAAGUUUCGCUCCCCAUGGAUUGGGCCUUUUGUGAUAACUAAAAUUCUCAGCCCCGUUGUUUAUGAGAUUCGCGGUGAAUUCCGCACGGAGGUAGUUCACCAUGAUCGAUUAAAACCCUGUAAUGAAAACAUGCCAAUUUGGGCAAAAGCAAGUUACCAGUAG